AUGUCAAUAACUAAACCGGUUGAUAAUCGUCCCAAACAUUUGAUAUUGGGUGAUUUUGAAUUGACUAAUGUUGUUGAUUGUGAAGAAUAUGUCCUGUGUUGUAAAUUUAGUCCACAUGCCGAUGUAUUUGCUGUUGGAUUAGGUAAUGGUACAAUUAAAAUCUAUUCGAAAUCAGGUCAUUUUCAAUAUGCUCUCUCUGACAAUGACACGAAAACUCGACGUUAUCCUGUAACAUGUCUGAAAUUCUAUGCAAAUAAAGAUGAUUUAAAAGCUGAUCAUCAAAAAAUGCUAGCUGCUACUUACACUGCUGGCUAUGUGAAAGUUUGGCAUUAUCCAACUCAACAAUGUGUUUUUACAUUCGAUGAAAAAGACAGACAACCAUUGGCACUGGAUUUCAACAGCACUUAUACACAUUUAUUCGUUGCUGGUAGUGACUGUGCGAUAAAUUGCUAUGAUUUUACAACAAAAAAAUUAAUUCGUAAAUUACAGGCAUCAGAAAGUCGAGAACAUAUGGAUGGUCAUAAAAAUCGUAUUCAUGCUAUUCGUUCACAUCCAACUAUAGAAUCUAUUUUUCUUACGGGCGGUUGGGAUGAAACUAUUCAUUAUUGGGAUGAACGUGCACCGCAUUCGCAAAAACAUUUUUCUGGUCCACAUUUAUGUGGUGAUGCUUUAGAUAUUAUAGCUGAACAUCAAGUUAUUUUAACAGGUUCUUGGAGAAAAUAUUCAACAUUACAAAUUUGGGAUUUUUCAACAGGUGAACUUAUUAAAGAUGCUUUUCAAAAUAAUGCUACAUCAAUGCUUUAUUGUACAAAAUUUUCUCCGAAAAACUUUAUUUUAUGUGCUGGAAAUGAUAAAAACGAAGCUAUUAUUUAUGAUUAUUCAAUAUUACAAAUGGUCGGUGGUAUAACAGAUCUUGAAAAUGCUGUUUAUUGUGCUGAUACAGAUGUCAUUCGACCAAAUAUGAUUGUUGGUUCAGCAAAAAAUAUUUUUAUUGUCAAUGACAAAUCUCGUAUUCGAUAA